AUGGGUUCCUCCAUAUUCUUAUACUUCCUAUCUAUUUCUCUCUCCCAUAUUGCCAAUGCUGCCCCAUUUGCAUCCCCUACCUCCAUCAAGCCUUUUGUAAUCGACACGUUCAAAGACUCGAAACGCAAUGAUCUCGGAUACUGGCAUGGCGCUGGUGAAGACCUACCAGUCGAAUAUGGCGAUAGUUCCAUCCGCCUCAUUGCCUCAGACCCUGACCAGAACUUCCAUACCCAGAUCACACCAUCAGAGAAAUGUUUUGACCUCUCACCGUACCGCGAUCAGAGAAUGUUUCUCCGAGUAGAAUUCUCUGGGACCCCCAGAUUCGGAAUCUCGCUCAACCAACAAAACGCGAACUGUGAUCCGACAAGGAUGCCGCAUCCUGAGACAUGGGAUACAGUUGAGGCCGAGAGGUACAUUGCAUAUGUACCACUUUCACACUUCAAGAUCGACCAGUCAAAGGUCCUCUCAGUGUCAUUUAGUGGUAUCUAUAGACGAGAGAACCUCACGCUGUACAACGUUGAGAUCGUCGAUGGCCCUCCCAGAGGGUUUCAUGUUCCAGAGAAACUGGCAAGUGGACGGAUGGUGUUGAGGUGCUCACGGCCCAACUCUUUCGCUUUUGGAAUUGAUGAUGGCCAGCCGAAGUAUGCGCAGGAGGUCAUGGAUAUCUUGGCAGAUGAAGGUAUCAAGGUCACUUUCUUCGCGGUCAGCACAGGUCUUCGAGACCCAAGUACCAACUUCACGCAGGUGUAUCGGGAGAUGGCGAAGAAGGGACAUCAGAUUGCCCUUCACUCGUACAGUCAUCCAAAGAUGGAAGGGUUAGCUGAACUCAGCGACAUUGACGACGAGCUCAAAAAGAGCAUCCGGACUCUGAACGAGACCCUUGGUUUAAAGUCACGGUACUUUCGCCCCCCUUUUGGGACAGUUGGCGCCAGAACACGCCAGCGACUGGGUGCGUUGAUCACAGACCCGUACAUUGUGAACUGGAGCGUGGAUAUCGAGGACUGGAUCUGGACAGGGACAGAUACUCCCGAGAAGCAGCUCGAAGCUUUUAAGCGUGAUGUCAAGAAAGGAGGCAAUCUUGCAGUGAUGCAUUACCUACAUCCGACCACUGUUUCGUACAUGCGAGAGGCGAUUCAGUUUGUCAAGGCGCAGGGCCUAGAUAUCAUGCGCGUAGAUCAGUGUCUUGAGGACCCAGAAAGCCCUUCAUUGUAUUAGGAGAAGUCUGUCACUAUAAAUACAACUUUGUUCUGCGCCGAUGAAGCCCCCAAUCCAAAAAGAAGAGAGAGAAAAAAAAAAAAGAGAAAUAGCAAGACCAAGAUCAGUUCAAAACGCUUGACCCUGGCAGAGUUGUAUUCCAAGAUUCGCAGUAGAUCGACCACCGCAACGCCAUGCGCCAUCUAUAAAUGCCAAUGAGAAUAGGAGUGAGUUUUCUUUUCGAAAUAUAUCUAAUGCCCAAAAUCCGGCUCCGGGCAGAUUCCCGCCAUCUCGA